AUGGAGAAACUGGUAGAAAGAACCACGAGUCCCGGUCAGUUGCUAGAGGCUGUGGCUAACUCGAAAUGCAUUCUACAGACGGAGAAAAGCGAUCGUAGUUCACCUUCAGAUGAUGAGUCACCCAAACCGUCAGACAUUUCGACGACGGGUGCCUGUUCCGAUGGCGAACAGGGCACAGAUUCCAAAUCCGACCACGGAAAGGACACUCCCGACAAUCCGAAAAUGGUCGGAAAGUGCAACUGCGAGCAACUAAUGAGAAUCGACGCGCAAUUGGAAACUAAAGACCUGUGGGAGAAAUUCCACGAAUUGGGUACAGAAAUGAUCAUCACUAAAACGGGAAGGUACUAUCAUUUAUAA